GUCCACCCGGAUGGAAGUAGCAGUGCAGGCGGUGUUUGACGCGUCCCAGCGCUUCCUGUUCAGUCCGCCGGACAUCGUCUCAGUCUGCGACCCUGACUCUGCAUCUGUCCUCGAGGGAAGCGAGCGGGAGCCCGAACCAUGUUGGUCCCCAUUUUCACCCUGAAGCUCAACCACAGGAUCAAUGCGCGCAUGGUGGCGGUGGGGAAGUUUGAUGGAGUCCACCCCUGCCUGACUGCAGCCACGCAAGCCGGGAAGGUUUUCAUCCACAACCCUCACACUCGUGCCCAGCAGCCACCAGCGCAUCGUCUGAGCCACAGCACGCAGGACUCGGACGUCUCGCUGCUCAACAUCAACCAGGCGGUUUCCUGUCUGACCGCAGGCUCGCUCAGACCGGGCACCGCUGGCGACACCCUCCUGGUGGGCUCCCAGACCAACCUGCUGGCCUACGACGUCCACGACAAUGCUGACAUUUUCUACAGAGAUGUGACAGAUGGGGCCAAUACGAUUGUCUUGGGCCAACUUGGCAACAUCCCCAACCCUCUGGCCAUCAUCGGAGGGAACUGUGCCUUACAAGGCUUUGACCACCAGGGCAACGACCACUUCUGGACCGUAACCGGUGACAACGUCAGGUCCCUGGUGCUCUGUGACUUCACUGGCGAUGGGAAAAAUGAGCUCCUGGUGGGCUCUGAAGACUUUGACAUCAGGGUGUUCAAAGAAGAUGAGCUUGUUUCAGAAAUGACGGAGAACGAGACGGUGACGUCUCUGUGCCACAUGCACGACAGCAGGUUUGGUUACGCUCUGGCCAAUGGCACUGUUGGAGUCUAUGAUCGGACCUCUCGCUACUGGAGGAUCAAGUCUAAAAAUCACGCCAUGAGCAUUCAUGCCUUCGACCUGAACGCCGACGGUGUCGUGGAGCUCAUCACUGGUUGGUCCAACGGAAAGGUGGAUGCUCGGAGCGACAGAACGGGAGAGGUCAUUUUUAAAGACAACUUCUCAGCCUCUGUGGCAGGAGUGGUGGAAGGAGACUACAGGCUGGACGGACAGCAGCAGCUGAUCUGUGCAUCGGUGGAAGGAGAAGUACGUGGCUACCUUCCCGCCAGCAAGGACAUGAAAGGGAACUUGAUGGACUCCAGCGCGGAGCAGGAUAUGAUCAGAGAGCUGAGCCAGCGGCGACAGAAUCUGCUGCUGGAGCUGCGGAAUUAUGAGGAGAACGCCAAGGGUGUGCCAGAUGCCAGCGGCAGCACCGGUGUCAUUCCAGCCAACACGCAGCUCCAAACCGCGUUGUCAGUCAAAGCUGCUACCGAGUCGCAGAAAGCUCACGUGGAGCUCAGCAUCUCCACUCCCAACGACACCAUCAUUCGUGCGGUUCUGAUCUUCGCGGAGGGGAUAUUUGAAGGCGAGAGCCACGUGGUCCAUCCCAGCGUGCGGAACCUGUCGGGGUGUAUCCGAGUUCCCAUCACUCCUCCCAAGGACAUCCCAGUAGACUUGCAUGUCAAGGCCUUUGUUGGCGGGAGAACUAGCUCUCAGUUCCACGUCUUUGAGAUCACACGCCAGCUGCCUCGCUUCUCCAUGUAUGACGUGGCAUCAGACACAGCCGGGCCAGCACCGACCGGAAGUGUCAGCUUCAGCAUUCAUGAGCGGCCUCAGAGGGUGGUCAUGUGGCUCAACCAGAGCUUCCUGCUCCCUGAGGGAGUGCAGAGUCCCGAUGUCACGUUCACCUUGCUGAGAGGAGGAGGACUGUUGUCUGUCAGCAUGAGCAGCAGUGGACAGAUGACUCUGAGGACAGACGACGUGGACCUGGCAGGAGAUCUGGUCCAGUCUCUGGCCUCCUUCCUGGCCAUCGAGGACUUGUCUGUUGAGGCCGACUUCCCCAGCUACUUUGAGGAACUCCGCACAACCCUCACAGAGGUGGAUGAGUUCCACUCGGUGCAUCAGAAGUUGACUGCAGAAAUGGCCGACCACUCCAACUACAUCAGGAACCUGCUGGUGCAAGCCGAGGACUCUCGCCUGAUGGGAGACAUGGUCAACAUGAAGAAGCGGUACCGAGAGUUGUAUGACCUGAACAGGGAUCUGGUCACUGAGUACACCAUCCGCUCCAACAACCACAAUGCUCUGCUCGCCCGACUCAAGGCCGUCAACCAGGCAAUCCAGCGAGCGGGCCGGCUCCGAGUGGGGAAACCCAAGAACCAGGUGAUCUCUGCCUGCCGGGACGCCAUCAGGAGCAACAACCUGGGCGCGCUCUUCAAGAUCAUGAGGGCCGGAACGGCGUCCUGCUGAAGGGGCUGAGGUGGGAGGACGGUGGCGCCGCCCCGGCACCUUUCUCCUGGACCUACCUGCAGGUGUGAGUGUGACCAUGACAGCACGGCGUUUUCCCUCCUCGUCGUUCGGACUUCAGCGUUGCUUGGACAGAGGUGACGGCGGCAGCUUUGAGCUGCUGAAGGACCAACACACAGACACGGAGCAAAUCAGGUUCAUUCCACUGACUUCCAGUGCAUUUGUCCUCGUGUGCCUUCAGCGAGGACCUCAGUACGCCUCAAGGCAAAGAGACACAUCACGACAGGAGCGCACCAUGGCAUCAACUGCAACUCUCUCUCACUGUCACACUCUCUCCCUCCCUCCCUCUCUCUCUCUCCCUCUCUCUCUCACUGUCCCUCUCUCUCUCUCUCUCUCUCUCUCCCUCACUCUCUCUCUCUCUCUCUCCUCUCCCUCCUCUCUCCCUCCCUCUCUCUCUCUCUCUCUCUCUCUCUCCCUCUCCCUCUCUCCGUCCCUCCCUCUCUCUCUCUCCUUCUCUCUCUCUCUCUCCCUCCCCCCCCUCUCCCUCCC